AUGUCGGCGAAACCUACGGCAUCGCAUUGCACUUACAGCCCUAUUAUUCUCGUUUUGGAGUACUUUAACACAUCGUUGUUUACCCACCUCCGCCGAAACGCUGGACGUAUUUCUCCGCGAGAAAAGCGACGAUUUUGUGUGGAAGCGGCAGCUGGCCUAUCCUACUUGGCUCAACUGAACUACAUUCAUCGAGAUAUUGCGGCUCGAAAUUGCAAACUUAACGAUGCCUUGCACCUGGGCGAAAAUCACGAAAUUCCAAGCAUGCAAAUCGCUGUGAAAUGGCAAGCGCCAGAGGUGUUGAAGGAUCGCAAAUACAGUCUGAAGUCGGAUGUUUGGUCUUUUGGCAUACUAAUGUGGGAAGUGUACACAGAAGGUAGUGAACCAUACCCUGGAAUGUCACCAAAUGCUGUCAAACGAAUCAUACUCAACGAUGAGUACAGAAUGCCUAUUCCCAAGGUAUGUUGUUCGAGAAAUUCAUAA